AAUAAUAUAGAUUAUAGUGUUGAUCGGCGUAUUAAAAAGUUACACACCGUUGAUUUUCGGUUUAUGUUAUUAUUUAUUACUUAAUUUACUAUAAAAACGAUGUGACUUAUGGGAUUAGAGAUUACUUAUUGUAGGAUUCCUUUACGGACGGCCUAUCGUUAAUAUUGAAGUCAACAAAUAAUUGUUUUAUGAGUUGAUUCUUUUCUGAUUUAAAAACACCUAGGUACCUUAUCAAGUACCUAUCUUUAAAGUACUGCUAGUUUUAAUAAAUAAUAUCUCACUGCUCAACGAUGUAUCCAAAUCAAUGGGCCACUUCAACACCACCACUGCCACCACCCUUAGCUCUAAACAAUCCAAGCUCCAGCAAUUAUGAAAACAAUACACACUCGUUUCCAUUCUAUCCAACGUCUAAUGCAAUGCAAAGUUUUCCGAUGAACCAGCAAAAUAGUUUGACUAGGCCAUCAUUAAACCCAGCAGCAGUUAUGACCCAGCAGUUUCAAUCGAAUACUUUGCCAAAUGCAAUUGGUCCAACUAUAAUUAAAUGGCCUGAAUGGAAUUGGGAAUUAUGGCACCAACACUUUCAACAACAAUGGCAUCAACAGAACGUACAAAUGUCAACUACUAUGGGACAACCUCCGCCUCCUCCAAUGCCACAGAGUCAGCCAUUACAACCUCCUCAGCCACCUAUGUCGUUGCAACAACCAUAUUUUGACCAAAAGAACACGGCUAUGCAACCACAUUGCGAUCCAUUGCAGAUGAAACGUAGCAUGGAACCUGAACUGCAAAUUGGUGAAAAAAAAAUUAAAAUGGACACAUCCCUUAACAAAAAAGAAAAUGAAUUAAACGUUGACAUCGAAACAUUUGAAGAAAAAUUUAUAAAGUGGGAAGGAGAUUUUCUUAAAUGGAAAGAACAGAAUAAAAACCAUCCUGAUAAAGUGCAAUAUGAAAAAUAUGAAAACAAAUGGUUGGGUAUUCGUGAUGGAAUGAAACAAAAAUGUGAUUUACUAAAAAAAAGAAGAGAAGCAAAAUUAGCAGAAAAAAAAAAGGAGGCAGCUCAAAUUGAAGAAAAUCAAAAACAAAGAUUGUUCUAUAAUCAAAUGAUGUUAAAUUCUGUUCCUUCUAAUAAUUCAUUGAAUAUUUCACAUCGACUGCCAAAUAUGUCAUCUUCGUUACCGCUGUCAUCAGAAAAUCAAAUACCCGGUUUGGAUCUCGUUGGAAAUAAUGAAAACGGAUCUCAAAUGAUUCAAAAUGUGUCAAAACUUAUUCCUAACCAAAAAGGACCUAUACAAACACCGGAUGAUAAGCCGUUUAAUUUCCCUAAAACUAAUAACCUGCCAACGAUGAUUUCAGAGCCUGUUAAGUUGCCUCUUAACAACAAUGGCCAAACCAUGAACUCCAAUUACCCCAAUUCUCCUUAUUGGUCUAAUUAUAAUAAUUCUCAACCAUUUUAUAAUCAGAAACCACCGGACAUUAAUAAUCAUCAAAUGUUUGACACAAAAGAUGAUGUUGAUUAUCGCCGAAUCUUAGACAGUAAAUCCUCUAGUGAAAAUUACAGUAACUCUUAUAACACAUCCAAUGCAAGGAGACAACAGGAAGUAUCUUUUACAAAAACCACUGAAAUUUAUGGUAAUCCAUUUAAUGCAAUUCCUGAUAGCCAAGCAUAUAAUAGAAAUGUCGAUGGAUUUAAUACAUCGUAUAAUCGACCGCCUAAUAACUUUGAAGACUACAAUCAAUCAGUUAAUAGCAAUUUCAAUCGACCCUCGGAUAGGUUAAAUAACAUAUCAUACCCUUAUAAAAACCAAACAUCGUUGGCAUCGAUGAAUACAGCUCUUCCGAAACCACCUUCAUUAAUGAGUUUAAAUGUGACCAAACCCUUAUUAGAAAAACCAGGAAAAACGGACGUGGCACCUAACAGAUUCGAAAGUGACUGGAAUAUUGCUGAUGAAGAAGAUAAUCCGGAAGAUGAGUACAUGGAAGCCCAUAAGAAGUUUAGUUCAGAACCGUACGAAGAUUUGUAUAACGAAGACCAAUAUUUAAAUAAUCAGCAAGGAAAUAAUAAAUACAAUGAUGAUCGUUAUCCUAGAGGACCCGAGAGUAAGGAAAACAAUCAAGAAGACUAUGUAAAACAAUUUAAUCAAUCGUUUAACUCGCAAAUGAUGAAGAAUCCCGAUACAGAUUAUUCAAAGCCUCAGUCACAAUGGAACCAUCAAAAUAACGAUAAAAUUCCUUCCUAUGGGAGGCAAUUGCCAAGAAACGACGAUUAUGAUUAUUACAAUAGACCUCAAGGGAAUUUAAGAAAUGUCGAUGAUGGCUAUCAAAAGGGAGGAAGAACACAGUCGAGAAAUAUUGAUGAAGAAUAUAUAAAUGAUUUUGACAGAAAUAAAAAUAAUAUCAUACCGAAUAGAGGAAAUUUUGGACCGCCCUCCAGAGGAAAUUAUGGAUCGGCAAGAGGAGGGCGUUUUGGAAAUAAUUACAUGUCUAAAUCGAACAAUAAGUGGAAUGAUGAUUUCAAAAAAGAUAUUAGUGUACCACUACCAAUUAUUGAUGAUUGUCCGCCUGUUACUUUAGAAGUCAAGAAGCCGUCGAUUGAAGAUAUUCCUCCAAUUGAUCCAGUAAAACUAUUUGAUUAUCGCCAUUUGUCUGCUUUAAAAGUCAUUCCAGGAUUAUCAAAAGAAACAAUAGUUCCUGUAAAAAUUGUUGACUAUAACCACGGAGGAAAACGCCUAUUACCUUGGCAAGAUAGAGGUUUUAGCAGAAGAAAUAAUACCAAUACUAGAGAUCUAAAUGAAAAAGAAUGUACUAUUAAUGAAAAUACUAGCACUGAUAAAAUUAUAGACACGUUACACGAUAUAAAGUCAAGUGAAACAAAUCUUACCACACUCGAUAACAAAAUAAAGAGUUUAAUAAAUGAUGUUGUAAAAGAUAAGACAGUUACCGUAAUGCCUAUUAAAAACAUUGAAGAGAAAGAAGAAAAACCACAGCCUGUAGAAAUUCCUAUUAAAAUUAUCUCACCACCGUCUCCACCAAAAAUGCCAAAACCGAAAGUGGAACCUGUGGCGCGGCAUUUUAAUCGACACAUGUUACCUAUUGAAACUCUUCUGUGUCCACCCGGACGUGCAAACAGACCGGAAAAAAUAGUAAUAAUUCUUAGAGGUUUACCGGGUUCCGGAAAGUCCCACGUCGCCAAGUUAAUUAAGGAAAAAGAGCUAGCAAUGGGUGGCCAAGCCCCAAGGAUACUUUCUUUAGACGACUAUUUUAUGACCGAAGUAACCAAAAUCGAAAUCGAUCCAGAAACCAAUAAAAAAAUAGAAAAAAAGGUUAUGGAGUACGAACACGACUCGGCCAAUGAAAGUUUAUAUCGAACAUCAUUUAUAAAGGCAUUUAAAAAGAAAGUCAUGGAAAAUUAUUUUUCAUUUUAUAUUUUAGAUGCUAUUAAUAAUAAAGUUACAUAUUAUAAAGACAUAUUAGAUAUAGCUAAAACCAAAGGGUUUACACCAUAUGUUGUAGAACUGGAAUCUGAUGUUGAUUCUUGUAUUAAAAAUAAUAUCCACAACAGAACAUCUCAAGAAAUUAUCAAUAUAGCAAACUCUUGGGUUAAAACGCCUCAUGAUCAAAUUUUGUUAAAUAUUCAAUCUUUACUGCAUCCAAAUAAUGAAGUUGAAAUGGAAAUUGUAUCAGAUGUAGAAAUGGAUUUAGAAAAAAAUGAAGAUGGAAUUGAAAAUACUGAAAAUGUACAAUCUACUAAUGAUGGAGAUUUUGAAGAAGAGGAUGUAGACGUCAUGAAGUUAUUAUCGUGCAAAUGGGUUGAUAAUAUACCACAAGAAGAAAAGAUGAACAGAUUAGAUGGAUUGUGCAAGAAAAAACCAGAAAACUCUAUUAAGGAAUGGUUACAGAUUCCUGAAACUGAUUACAGCAUUACUGAACAAGAGCCUAAAGACGGCAAGAAAAGGGUUCGAUGGGCUGAUAUUGAAGAACAACGUCAACAAGAAAAAAUGCGUGCGAUAGGUUUUGUCGUUGGUCAAACAGAUUGGAAUCGUAUGUUAGGUCAAGAUCAAGGGGAAAGCAAGCUAACCCAAACAAAAUACAUCUGACCAUAGUCUUAGUUGUUUUAAAAUUCUCAAUUCUUUAAUAUUUGUAUUUUUUAUUAUUUUUAGCGUAUGUUAUACCUUAUUAUUAUUUUAUUUUAAAUUUUAUUUCAUACCAAAUGUAUAAUGAUUGUACAGAUUAAUAUAUAAUAUAAUUUUAUAAGCAUGUAAGAUGUUGCAUUUAAAAUUAAAUGUAAUAAAAUUUUAGUAAAAUGAAGACACUGAACAAUGAGCUAAAUUUAAUAUGCUGUUAAUAUUUAUUUGAGAAAAGUCAUUGAACGUUAUUUGGGCCCAAGUGACUUCAUCUCAAGACGGUGGGUGAACAAAAUCUGUGUAAAACCACUUGAAGCAGACCUAGUUUAAGGACAAUUUCA